AUCAAUUUUGCGAUUUUGUGUAGAAGCCAGAGCUGAAGAUUCGUGUUUUAAAUUCGCUUUUAUGCGGAUACAGGUGCAGAAAUAAGCAAUAAAAUGUAUUGGACAGAAAUACCAAAUCCCCAUUUAUCAUGCAGUAUGAGGUGCUUACGAUUGACCGUGCUGACUUAUACCUAAUUACACAUAUCGGAUCAAGCACUUCCUUAUCCUGUCGCCCUGGCCUUGCCACACAAGCGAUUUUGUAUCUGGGUCAUCGUCACAAUCAUGGGGAAUUCGACGUGGAUAUGAUCUUUCCUGCUUCCAUAGUUAUCUAGAACUUUGCCUUGCUUGUUGCCAUCUUGGGGUAGUACCCUUUAGCCACCCAGAAUGAGCGAUCCGCACAGCCGGAAGGCCCAGGCUGUCAGUCGUUUGAGACACCAGUUGCGUAAGAAGAGAGAAUCGUUGGCUGACCAAUUCGACUUCAAAAUGUUUGUUGUCUUUCACUUCAAAAGAAAUAAUGAAAAGAAGAAACCAUGUGCUGUAUAUGAAAUUGAGGAGGUUUUUCCUGUCAUGACAAACAAUUAUGAAGAUAGCAUACUCAAAGGUGUCAAGGAGGAAGCCUAUACAUACGAAAGUUCAUUAGAAUUACUUGAGAAAGAUGUGGUUCAGUUUCAUGCGCCAAGAUGGCAGUCAAUGCGGAAAGAUGUGAUCGGAUGUACCACCGAGAUGGACUUCUUCUUGUGGCCUCGCCAUGACAUUGAUUCGAUUGAAUGUCUGCUCUUCUCCCGAUGGAAAAAUAGUGCUGACGAACCUUAUAAACCAAUCAAGGCUGAAUACAGCUUCCAAUGCAAAGACUACGAGAAACAACUACUACGCCUCAUCCCGAAACGCGAUAAAAGCGGACUGAUCAUUAACAACCCGACGCAAUCCAUGUUUCUCUUUGUGGAUAAACAAGAUGUCCAGACUGCAAACAAGCGAGUCAUCAUGUUCAAAUUGACUAGCGCUUGUUUGUAUCUUCCACAGGACCAAUUGAUGAUUUGGGGCCCAGGAACAGUGGACGAAAUCAUGGAGCCAUAUCUUUACUGAACUGCUGGUAUCUUCUAGCGGCAGCAAGCUUGAGGGUGAAGACAGUACUGAACGCAUUUCUCCGUUAUGGCAUUUUUUAUCACGAUUCUUUUGUUUUGUUUGAAAGUUAUUUGUGGAACUGUUUUGUUUUGUGCGGAAGCUUGGAUGAAAUCUAAGCUGUUCUCAAUGAUGCUACAGGCCUGCAUCACUUUUGUUUUUGAACUCUGUGUUGGCAAACGGUGUAGCUGGUAUUGGCUGGAACAUAUCGCAGUGUUCUCCAAUUAGUUUUUUUCUUGGUGAAAGUCAGAAAAUAUUCAGUCUUGUGACGAAGUAAUGUGAGGGACUCCAGUGUUUCUUACUCUACUAGUUGAGCACCAACCAUUCUCUAAACUUUCUUGGAGUUGCACUCCCGAGUUGAGCAGAAUUGCUAACAAUAUUAAAACUUUCUUAGCUUUGCGUGCACCGUGUCGGCAAAAUGGCAGAAGUUUAAUAAUUUAUCUUCUCUGAUUAUAUCUGUCCAGUGAUGUUCACUCCAUAAUCCUUCGGGCCACCUUUAUGUUAUCUCAAAGGUAGGAUAAUUUUGGGAAAUAGGCAAAUUUUGAGGGGCAUUUUUCAUCUUCUGUGAAAAUCUUGUAUAUUUUUGUUGGGUAUUUACUGUACUUAGCUUAGGAUUAUAUUUUAUUAAGAGGGCAUGUCAGGAAAAUGGAGUACCAACUGAAUCAACUCAUAUUGAAUGCCCCGGGUGGGUUGGUGGGUUUUACGGGUUAAAAUUCCAUUGCUGCACAUUUUCCGUCGUGUACCUUCCCUUGAUAUUCAGAGUUGGUGGAUACCCAUGAUCACGAUUGUGUUGACAUAAGUGAUUGCAGCAAAGUCUUCAUCUUUUGUUGCGAAUUAUGUAAAGCAACUGUAAAUAUAUGCCUUUUCUCACUCUGAAGUGGUUAAAAACUUACAAUAGUUAUAAUUCCUCCUAGGUAGAUUAGAUUAGGAAUUAUCAUUUGGUUGGUUUAUAUAUGCAUUCAAACUUCUGCCUCCUGUAGAUUCACUUAAAGAAACCUUUUCCUAACCAGCUACCCCCUAGUGUGAGUGUUGUCGUUUUGCUGUGCCCUACAUGUCCACGAAUUGGUAGACUUGCAGAAAAUUUCAUGCAGAAAAUUAGAUUUUCAACCUUUUUGUUGAAUCGGUGAUGGCCAUACAGUGUUUGUUUACAAAGGUUAAGUAAGACUUAAGUUGUACUCUCAUUCCGUGUAUGAUCUUGACUGGAGACGAGCACUGCAUACAGGUUCAAAUGUAUUGUAAAUUUGUAAAAGGUUGGUGAAUAGACUGAGUGCUGAUGUACAGAGAAUUCUUGUCAAUAAUAUAUACCAAUCAUAAUGCUCUAUAGUAAUAAUUUGUUGAUUUUUCUAAGAAAAAGAAAUGAAUUGGGGGGCAAAAUAUCAACUUCGAUUUUAGAUUUGAAUUUUGUACAAACCACCCUUCAGUUAUGAUUGGGUGUGUCUUAUUGACAAGCAUCUUCAGUUUUUAGUUAUAUGAUGUACAGGAAUAUUGUUGUAUAUACAAUACAAUUGACUACCUAUGAUAUGAGGAUUGCUAUGUAGAAAUACUCCGUAUUUCACAAAGUCCUUUAUUUUCUAGCGAAUUUCGAAUAGAUGAUUUCCUUCAUAAAAUAAGGAGGGCAAUUUAUGUACAUGUACAUUGUUUCUAUGUACAUUUACUGGUAUAUAUUGUGUCAUUUCAAAGUGUGCCAUGGGAAUUAUGAGGACUCUAGUAUCUAAGUUAGACCAUUGGUUCUGCAUGGUUUUGGUGUUCAAGACGGUGCAAAGAACCAGUUUGUAUCAUUGCUAGACAAAGCAUCCUUAUAUAAUUUGAUAUUACAUUGCUUUUAUCAUUGCAAAUGUGCAACAUGUAUAUUUUGAUAAUCGCCCAGUUGCUUAAGGCAUGGGAAUGUCCUCGAGUUUUAGGGGUUCAAUUCAGGCAGGACCAUCUCCAUAUGACAAGGCUACAGGAUGUUACAGGCUUCCGAUUUCUUCUUUGGUACUGAUCGUUUCAAUGGACUUCUUCUUCUAUUUAUUCAAGGUUCAAUGUAUUCAGGACAAAGUAUUGCGUGUAUUAGGACACAGACAGUGACAAAGAUGAUUCCUUGGGUGAAAUGCUGUCUUUUAUUGUUUGAAUACGUGAACAGUUGUCCUUGAUAGCGGAACACAUGUUUACCCUUGAUGGGUCCAAGCGAUUAAAAUAGGAACAAAUCAAAUGCUUUAUUGUACCUAAUUUAAUCUUUUUCCUGUAAAAAGAAUUGUAAAUAGGUUUUAUUGUUUUGUACAUUUACUUUUUUCAAUGCUGGUUUACAAGGGAUUCUGAUGGAAACAAAGCACAAGAGUGCCCUCAGCCAUUUUAACACAGGGCAGUUGGUUGAGAAACACUUACACCAUUUCAGAACUGUUGAUAUUUUGCCACUAAAAUAGCUUAAACAUUAAUCAGCCUCAUUUGAAUUUAUACUGGAGCCAUAUUGAAUGUUUAACAAGUUUAAAAAUAGGCACUAUAAUGAAUGAAAUUCGAAGCCCAAUAAUUUUUUUCGCAAAGCGAGUUUAUUUACAGUAAUAGGUCUAUUCGGAUUUCUUUACUUUAGAAUGGUAAUAGAUUAUAUAAAUACUUGUAAAUAGCUGGAUAGAUAGAUAGAUAGAAUAAAUCAAAGUGGCUAUGUGAGGUUCCUCAUUUCUUAACAUGUAUAUAGAGCAAUAGGAAUCUUAAUUGUAAAUAGAGUAGGUUCUGACAUAUGCUCCUGCUUUUAAAGCGGUUGUGAGAUUUUGUGCUUCAUCCUCGAUCAUCAUUGCUGUGAGAGACAUGGACCGUGACUUUCAAAACAUGAUCCCUGAAAACUUAAGUUGUGGGCCAGCUUUAAAUUGACAACCGUGACAAAAGUCAGAAAUCCGAAAUCAUUAAAGAGCAAAGUGAGUUGCAUAGUGGUGCUAUGGGUGAAGAUCUUUGGUAUUGUCUUCGGUCCCACUAAAUCUCACACCCUUCUUUUACCUGAAAGGGGGACUAUUGGCAAGAGCUCGGGGGGGUCAAUUUGGUAUUGUUCAAGCAACUAGUAAGUCACGAACGGCAAACGCCUUUGAGUUUCAUAAGCCAGUUUAAGUUGUACACCACUCAGACAAGCAAUACCAAUUUGAAUGUUUGGUUUUGAUAUUUUGAAACAUUGAGAUAGUUGAGAGCAUCUUAUCUGUAAGGAUAUUCAGUUGAACACCAUCGUCAUGAGAGUUGCUGUCCUUACGAGGGAGGUGUCCUGAUCAGAGAGGUAAAAUUAAAUCAAAGUUAGUCGGAACCAAAAUCAGUGUCUGACUUGGAGCUCUUCAGCUGCACUUUAUAGUAAUGGUAAGGUGCUGUUAUCUUAAAAGACCUGAUGGUUCUGGACAAUUUUACAGUAUUGUUGAUAUCAGGAGUGGGUCCUAAACUGAAGGAUCACCAGCUUUGGGUACCAUCAUAUUUGCCAGUGGGCACAUCAAGCAUUUUACACUUUAUAACAGUUCAAAAAGGAUUUUCAAAGCACUGUAAUCAGCUAUGUCCUGCCCACUGGAAGAACUUUAAAAUGUAUAGCUUCUGCUUAAAAUAUAGCAUUGUUGACGUCUGAAUGAUCAGCACAGCUACAUGUAUCCACUGGCAAAUAUGGUAAUAGCCUUUUGGCGAUUCAUUUUCUCAAGUUCUGUAUCAAAGGUGUUUGUAAUUAUUGUAAAUUUUACCUUGAUACUCGAGAGGAAAGUAGAAUUUUUAUUGUCACAUGCCUCUUGCGUUAAAAUAUAAUGGAAUAUCAAAAAAUAAACU